AUGGUAAUGGGCAGUGACUUGUUUGAGAGUGCUAGACUGUCCUCUGAGAUGAGCAGUUCUGCAGUCAACUCAGUAAGAGAACAACUGAAUGAAAGCUGCAUGGGAAUUGAUAGUCUGUCUUCCUUCUCCAGCCUUCAGAAGGAGACUAGAGCAUGGCAAAAUAGAGUGUGUGAGCUUGAGGACAGCUUGGCCAAGGGAAAGGAAAACCUUCAGAAAACAUUGUCUAAGAAUGAGAAAGAAAUGUCAGAGUUGAGAAAUCAGAUGCAGGAGCAGCUGAGUGACUACCAACAACUUCUGGAUGUUAAACUGGGACUUGAUAUUGAAAUCAACAUAUAUCAGAAAUUGCUGGAGGAUGAAGAGAGGAGGUUGCAGCUUUCUUCAAGCCCAUCUUCCUGAGUGACUGUGUCACAGGCUUCAUUGAGCCAUAGUAUGCAUACAACCAGAGGGAAGAGGAGAAGGACUGAUGUGGAGGGAUCUCAGGCCAGCAGAAGUGUUUGCAUGUCCCGCUCAGCUUCUGUCACUGGGAAUGUCUCUGUUAAGGAGAUUGACAGAAAAUCUAUCCACUUGAAGAACACCAUUUACAAGGAUCAACCUAUGGGAGGCUGGGAGAUGAUCCAAAAAAUGGGAGAUAUUUCUGCUAGUUACAGAUAUACCUCAAGAUAUAUACUAAAGGCAGGCAAACUGCUACAGUAAGUUAUCUGGGCUGCAAAUGAUGGAGUAACUGCUAGCCCUCCCACUGACCUCAUCUGGAAGAACCAGAAUCCUCGGGGCACUGGUGAAGAUGUGAAAGAUGUAUUGAAAAGUUCUCAGGGAGAGGAGGUUGUUCAGAGAAAAACUAGACAUGAAGGGGAAGAGCAGGAAGCUGAGGAAGAACCAGCUGAAUCUGAGGAGGAAAAAGACCACCACAAGUAGAGUGCACCAAGAAAACCAAAGGAAAACACACAAAAAACCAACACACACAAAAAAACAUAGUCCCACUGAUCAUGUAAGCACUCAGAGGAUGAAGGAUGAAGUAAAACUUACUGGUAUUACUCCUUUCCUUUCAGAUUGCUUAUGUUGGAGGAGGGUUAAUCAUGUUAGUGAUGUUUUUAAGAUAGUGUAACCAGCUUAAUUUUUCUUACUUUUUUUUUUUUUUUUUUUGGAUUCUCUCACUUGCUUACAAUUUGUAGGAAUAAAUCAAGUCUCUUAGGGGUUUAGUCAGCACUUUAAUGGUAAACAACUGUAAUUUUGUCAAUGUGGAAAGUUUAUCUGUCCUUUCUGCAUUAAUUUAAUGUUUGAAAAAGCUUUAAAUAAAAUAGUCUAUUAAGUAAAGCUUUUGGAAUUUGUUUCUUCCUAGAACAGAGCUAAAAGUUUAAUGAAGCUGGCAAAACAGCCAUGUAUAUGGAAUGAGGGCAAUUGACUUGUAAAGAUUCAGUUGGAAAACUAAUUCUUUAGAGGUUUAUUCAAACUGUUGCAUAACUGUUUCUGCAUCUUUGCUCAUAUGUUGGUUCUUACUGGACUGUAAGAACUAACUACAUCAUACAUAUGUUUUACAACAUCAUACAAGUACCAGACUGAAUAGUUUAAGCAUGGCAUAAUAGCAUAAAUAGAAAUUCAGAAAUACUAUAAAUAUUUGUCUUAGUCUGGAAGGACUUUUAAAUGUAUGGCUAGAAUUUUGAAAGUUGAUUUGAGCUUUUUACUAGCAUUAGCCUCAUGACAAAUUUAAUACUUUUUAAUAGGUCUUUCACCUUGGGUAAGUUCCCUUUUCAGGUGAACUACAGGGUGGCAUUUCAACCUUGUGCCAGCAGAAGGGGAGGCACGGGUGGCCGGUGGUUAUGCAGAAGUAUGAGGAUUGGGGGACUGCUGCUUUUAACAGUAAUGCUGGCUUAAACUGCAUUAAACCACAGUAUAACACCUGAUUUAAUUUCUUGUUUAUAUUUGAAUGUUUACAUAGUAUAAAUACCUCAUGACUUAAACAUUACUGUGUAUACUAUAACAUUCUGAACACUUCUCGAUUUGUGCGAAUAAUGGCAUUCUAUUCAUUGUAGUCUCACGUAUCUGUAGGCAUAUACCAUAUAAAUAUGUAUGUUGUAGGAAAGGGUUAAUUCAAUUCCUUGUUUAUUGUUUUCAAAACUAAUAGCACAGGCUAGCAAUUUAUUCCCAUAAAGACAUGACUGGGCCAGUUACAUAGGACUGUUUGUAUCUUCAAACAGUAAUAAAGAAAAAUAUUUUGUGUGUAGAUAUUGGGUACCUCAUUCUUAAUUCAUAGUAGGAACCUGCCAGUAUAAUCAAGCAUUCUUGGUUAUAUCUUUUGUAGACCCUGGGUUUUGUUACCAGGAUGAUGAUCAGUGCUCUGUCAGUACCUCAGUGUAUAGCUAGGAGCUGCUACUUGAAACUAGUUUUCUCUCUAAACAGAGUUUUUACAUGAGUCUUGUGAAUAUUUUGGUAAAUCAGCACUCUUGUGAUGGUUGACAAUAGGAGAAAUGCUGAUUUUAGAAAAAUUAUUUUUCUGUUACACGUACUUCUGUAAACUAGCAUAGUGGUGGAAAAUACAAAUGACCCUUCUGGGGAGUGUGUGUGCAUGUGUUCCCUCUAACCUUUAGCGCUGAAACAUCCUACCACCAAGUGGAGAUCUUGCUACUCAAAUAUUUAAAAAAAAAACCCAC